GGGGCCUGGGGGAGUGAGAAGUGAGCGUGUGGGUCAGAAAUCAGUCUCAAAAUGAGGACUCUGACCUAAAUCAGACAUACAAAGACAAAAGCCAACAAAAAGGUAAAGAAAAGAAAAGAGGGUGAGAGAUUCGUGUGGGUUCAUCGCUCGUUACUACUAUAAUUUGUUUUCCACCCCUUGUCACUUUUUGAGUUUUUUCCCCUCUCCAUCAUUUAACCGUCCCUUUAAUUCGUUUUUUCUCCCUCAUUUCAAUUCUCUAAUCUCCAAUAUUUUAUGCAGCAAUGAGCAUAGAAUUAAUGGGUGUUACCAUGAAGAAAACUAAUCAUAACAAGAAUAAUUUGAAACCCACUUCAAAACCCACUUAUUCCCCUGCUCUUGAACUUUGUCUCUCUAAUCCAAAGCCAGAAUAUGAAAUUACCAAAAUGGGGUUACAGAAGUUGUCGUCUGUUCCACAAAUGGAAGUUUUGAGAGGGCAAAAAUGUCAUGAAAAUCAUGAGGUUAUAGUUAUUAAGAAAGAAAAUAAUGGGGCUUCAAAACUUUGUUCUAGAGGUCAUUGGAGGCCUGCUGAAGAUGCCAAACUUAAACAACUUGUUCUUCAGUUUGGUCCUCAUAACUGGAACUUGAUUGCUGAAAAACUCGAUGGCAGAUCAGGGAAGAGUUGCAGAUUGAGGUGGUUCAAUCAGUUAGAUCCAAGAAUAAAUAAGAGGCCAUUCACAGAGGAAGAAGAAGAAAGACUAAAAACAGCACAUAAAAUGUAUGGCAAUAAAUGGGCUGUUAUAGCUAGACUUUUUCCAGGGAGAACUGACAAUGCUGUUAAGAACCAUUGGCACGUUAUGAAGGCCAGGGAAGAGAGAGAAAAAUCUUCUUUUUUCACUCGUAAGAGAAAUCACAUCAAAUGUGAAUCUACCAUCUCUAACAAUAAUAACAAUGACAAUAAUAAUUAUAAUAUGGGUGAUGAAUCUGGAGGAGCAUCAACAUGUACUGAACUUUCUCUCUCUACAAUCUCGGGUCCGGAUCCGGGUAUGGGUGUGAAUUGUGGGUAUGGGUGUUUGGGAGGAAUCAGUUACAACCAAGUUUGUCAGCAACAACACCACCAACCUUGCAACUCUGACAGUCAAAAAGGAACAAUUGUGGAAGGCCUAUGCACAUUAGCAAGAAAAGGACCAAAUUGCUUUGAUAAUACAAUUGGAAAAAAAGCGACGGAGAUGUGUAGAGUGGAAUUAUGUGGACAAUCAGAUACCUACUCAGAAGCGUCUGGAAGUGGUGAUUCGGUUGUUAAUAGCGGAUUAUCUUCAAUUGUAGUUGGAAAAUUCAACUACAAUCUUCCCUUUAUUAAUUUUUUAGGGUUAAAAGCUACUUGAUUAGUGUCUUUUAAUUUUUCUUUUCUUGUGAGAAAGAAAAUCUAAUAUAUAUAUAUAUAUAAAUAUAAAAAAAAACUUUUUUCGGGAGCA